CGCAUACAUGCGAUGAGGACAGAUGCAAGUUGUUGCGUGCGCCUCACGCGGCGAGUUGUUAUCUCUAUUCGCCGCAUGUCAUCAGUCGGAUUACGAGUCCCUAAUGGUCGCAUCCGUAACAUGAUAACCCUUCGACGCGGGGAUAAGGCAACGCGCACUAAAUAAAAACACUACUUCAGACACAGACGAAGCUCGGAACGCGCUAAUUAGCCAAACGUGCCGCGCUCCGGUACCGAGGAGGAUGUGGGCUUACAGUCCGAGCAAAGUAUUCAUACUCAGCGGUUUCUUUCUGUUCUGUGCGCUGACGACCGAGGUACAGAGCCGUGGGGAUAGAAAAAACAGAGAUAUAAUAAGGGCUGAUAGACAGAGGAGGUCGCUCUGCGACAACGACUUCUAUGACUCCAACUUUUACAUCUGCUGUGACGGCUACAUCUCUUGGAAACCCAGCAACGACGCGCAGUGCUGCAGACACAGAGCGUACAACCCUAAUACCUAUCUCUGCUGUGGAGGGUAUGUAUCUUGGAUGGGUAACACGAACACAGCCUGCUGCGGCCAGCGGUCAUACAACCCUCGUGAUUAUGACUGCUGCGGUGGAAACCUGAUUAGGAGGGAUGGCGACUCCGCUACUGGCUGCUGCAGAGGCACUGCCUACGACCCGAGGUACUUCACCUGUUGUCAGGGACACUUGACCUGGAGAUCGGAUUCCGGGUCAUGCUGCGGAGGACGGUUCUACGAUACACAGGAUGAUACUGCCAGGAAAGGGUUUUGACAUACCACUGCGACACGGGUUGGUAAAACUUCUGAUAAUGAACGGUAUGAUGUCAGUGCAACAUUUUGCCAAAUAUUUUGCAAUACUUAGUAUGGGCGAUGUAUCUCCGCAAACUGGCAAGUGCUUUCUGUCUUAUUAAAGGAUCCUGAGCAACAUUUUGGGAUUCCUGUGGUUUUCUGUGUUUUCAUCGGAUGGCGGCCAUUUUCGAUGCCAUCGAAAAUGGCCGCCAAUGAAACAUUCCAAUGGCGUCUAUAUAACGCUCCAAAUGACUCCCAUCUUACGUUAAAGUACUAAAAAUUCAUUUGGGACACUCCUCAUUACUUCAUCUGUUCUUGGCAAUGCUUUUUGUCAGUUUUUUUUUAUGAUAAUUUAUUUUGAGCGAAGAAACAUUCAAGAUGAAGUUCACUUCUCCAAAAAAUAUCACCAAACAUCGAGCAACAAACCUCCAUGAAAUCACGAGAAGGGGUAUAAUGGAAUAUCGCCGACAUGGAAGGGCAAUAUGACUGUCAGUUUCCCAAGGAAAACACAUAAGAUUAGCGAAGAAAUCGAUGACAACUGUUAGGAUCGAGUGAUCGCAAGCGUCGUGGAGGUAAAAAAGUUGUAAUCUUCUCCCUCUUACGUAAAAUAAGGAGGAAACGCUCGAACACUACGCUGAACUGUGUGCCGUGUGCUGUGUUACAAAGAAUAGAAUGAAAGCAUAACCAAUGCAUUAUAUUCCCCAAACAAACAUGAUAAUUAUUUAAAUCAAGCUGAUAUCUAAUUGAUAACAAUAAAGUGUUGGGGAACAAAGAUUGUCUUAUUAGUUGUUUUAUUUUUUGCUAGAUAGAUAAAGUAUUUUACCCGUAAUGGUAUAGUAUCCUAACUGACCUAACUCUAUUGUCCAAUACAUCCUGUUACUAUGUCUGCUGUUGGGUAUCAAUUUUAUUUUUAUUUGUAUAAAAGAAAAUCUGUGAGCGUAGAUCUAUGCUCAGAGAAGCAGCAGUCUUUGUUACUUUGUGUAAAUCAAGCCCCCCCAAAUGUUGUUUUGUCUCAAAGCCCUCAAAGGCUGUCCCUUGAAAAAAGUUUUAUUUGUAACCUCUGUCAACUCCUGUUUUGGUUUUCCAUUUUUUCUCAAAAGCCUAAAACAUCACACUGCAAAAUGACCUGAUGCCCCUUUUUGUCCUCUGAGCUGGAGUAAGUUUUAGUGAUUUUAAUGCGGAUCAAAUUUAGUGUUUUGUUACGCCCCUUACUUAGGUUUAUUUGUAAUACAGCAAGCAAAGGGGAGAUAUGAAAGCAGGUAGGUAAAAAAUAGGCAGAAACCCUACCAAUAACCUAACAAUACUCAGUUUGUAACAUUGUUUUGUUUGAAA